AGCCCCAGCGAGGCAACGAUCUUCUGCUCUAGCCUCAUCUACUGAUUAAUGGCUUCCGCCAAGGUUGACAAUCGAGGUUCAUUUGGUUCAAAAAGGUCCCGCAAUGAUGCUACACGGAAUGAUGGUGAUUGGACCUGUCUACAAUGUGGAAAUGUGAACUUUGCUUUCAGAACUGUUUGCAAUCGUGGAAAAUGUGGGGCUGCCCGUCCACCCUCUACUCCGAGAAUGGGAUCGGUUCCUGUCCCUAGUCCCUUCAAUAAUCCCCCUCCCUAUUAUCUUGGAGGUGUUGGGGCUCCUCCACCUAUGCCACUUGGAAUGCCUGGCAGUUAUGGGCCUCCACUCUCACUGUCUGGAAUGCGAUAUGACUACGGAGCACAUGGAAAUGCAACUGGGCCGUAUGGACUUAUGGCUGCAUAUCCACCUGGACCUUUGGGAGGUGUGGGUUAUGGUCAUGGAUCUGCUAUGGACGGAUAUGGCUUUGGGUAUCGGGGAUCCCCCUUGCCGGUGGCAGGUUCAUGGUCCGGUGGAGGUAUUCCUGAUAACGGCGCCUCUCGGAAACGUCGCGGAGGACCAGAUGGCUUAUCCGAAGGCGAUUGGGUUUGUCCAAAAUGUGACAAUGUUAACUUCGCUUUUAGAACCACAUGCAACAUGAAGAAAUGUGGAGCUCCGCGACCAUCUUCGGGUCCAAAUCAGUCAGAUUCAGGUGUCCCAGAAGGCAGCUGGACAUGUACCAAAUGUGACAACCUCAACUAUCCAUUCCGAACGGUUUGUAAUCGCAAGGGUUGUGGGAAUGAGAAACCAGCUUCUGCAUAGUAGAUUGCUUCGAUCACAUGAUUGGUAGUAGAUUCCCCUCUAUGAGCUUGGUGUGUGCAAUCCACUGGUUUGGGACAUUUCAAGAUUGCUUGUGGGUGAUUUGGAAAUUGGAGACAUCUGACUACAAAAUGUCUUAGGUUUGGCAUGAUUGCUCGAGUUUUAGGUUUUUUAUUUUUCUCCUUUCUUUUCCUUUCCUAAACCAAGCCGCCUAGAUAUGUGUGCUACGAACGUUGAAUGAAUGUAUUGGAUUUCCUUCGGCAGCUUGAUUAGGCCUGGACCUUCAUUUAUGUUAAUGGAAGCAUGUCUAAUCUAUUUUUUGGAGUAGUUAAGCGAAACUGUUUCUUUCUUUAUAUGGCGUACAUAGCACCAUGUACUCUUUAGUUUGCAAAUUGUCUAUUUUAGGCGUGGAACCAUUGACUUGUACAUUGA